CCGGGGAGGAGUGCGGACGGGGUGCCUAGGGCUCCAGGUACGGGCAAUUGCUUCUCUGACUUCGGGUGCGGAGAUUUAACGUUUGGAAUUGAGGCUCCUCAACGGCUCCUCUCGAGCUGGGCCUCGACCUGAAGGGCACCUCCGCCCUGAAGCUUUGAUGGCGUAGGAAGCGCAAUGAACUCAUCUCUCAACCUAGACAACAAUUGUCCUGGCAGAAACUGAAGUAACUGUUUUGGAACUCUGGAGUCUACUUGGAAACUUCCAUAUUCCAGGGAACGCUGCGCAGACUGCGCGCAGGCGCAGAUUCCUGUCGCGGACUAAAAGCCCAGGUUGGGCUUCCAGGAGAGGAAGUACGCCCUCAUCGGCUCUCGUUGGGCCAAUGGGACAGUGCCGCUGAGCCGCGGCCCUGUAAAAUGGGGCAGGAGGCGGGCGGAGGGCGGAAGAAGCUGCGCUCACGCAUUUUAAAAAUAUUUAAUCAUUCAUGAGUUGAGCUUCAUUCUUAAGUCAUGGAUGACAAGGCUUCUGUUGGAAAGAUCAGUGUCUCCUCAGACUCAGUAUCCACUCUUAAUAGUGAAGAUUUUGUCUUGGUUUCCAGGCAAGGAGAUGAGACACCAUCUACAAAUAAUGGAAGUGAUGACGAGAAAACAGGACUCAAGAUCAUAGGGAAUGGAAGUGAGCAGCAGCUGCAAAAAGAGCUAGCGGACGUGCUGAUGGAUCCUCCAAUGGACGACCAGCCGGGGGACAAGGAGCUUGUGGAAAGGUCGCAGCUGGAUGGCGAAGGAGAUGGGCCUCUCUCUAACCCGCUCUCAGCUUCAUCCACCAUUAACCCCGUGCCGUUAGUAGGGCUCCCAAAACCGGAGAUGAGCCUGCCAGUGAAACCUGGACAAGGAGAUUCUGAAGGGUCAAGUCCUUUCACACCAGUGGCCGAGGAAGACAGUGUCGUCUUCAGCAAGCUGACUUACCUAGGCUGUGCCUCAGUAAAUGCUCCCCGGAGUGAAGUGGAAGCCUUGAGGAUGAUGUCCAUCUUAAGGAGCCAGCGUCAGAUUCCUAUAGAUGUAACCCUGUCAGUGCCGAAUGUGUCUGAAGGAACCGUGAGACUCUUAGAUCCUCAGACAAACUUUGAAAUAGCAAACUACCCUAUCUACAAAAUCCUCUUCUGUGUCAGAGGGCAUGAUGGAACUCCUGAGAGUGACUGUUUUGCUUUCACUGAAAGUCAUUUCAAUGCUGAGCUCUUCAGGAUACAUGUCUUCCGGUGUGAAAUACAAGAAGCUGUAAGCCGGAUCCUGUAUAGUUUUGCCACUGCCUUCCGCCGUUCUGCCAAGCAGACCCCACUUUCAGCCACUGCUGCACCCCAGACUCCUGACAGUGACAUCUUUACCUUCUCUGUGUCUUUAGAAAUAAAAGAAGAUGAUGGUAAAGGUUAUUUUAGUGCAGUUCCUAAAGAUAAGGACCGACAAUGCUUUAAACUACGCCAAGGGAUUGAUAAGAAGAUUGUCAUCUAUGUGCAACAAACAACUAAUAAAGAACUUGCCAUUGAAAGGUGCUUUGGUCUCCUCCUGAGCCCUGGGAGAGGCGUCCGCAACAGCGACAUGCACCUGUUAGACUUGGAAUCUAUGGGCAAAAGUUCAGAUGGAAAGUCUUAUGUUAUCACUGGGAGCUGGAAUCCAAAAUCCCCGCAUUUUCAAGUUGUAAAUGAAGAAACUCCUAAAGAUAAAGUGCUGUUUAUGACUACGGCUGUUGAUUUGGUAAUAACAGAAGUACAGGAGCCUGUUCGAUUUCUCCUGGAGACAAAAGUCCGCGUUUGCUCACCUAAUGAAAGGUUAUUCUGGCCCUUCAGCAAACGUAGUACUACGGAAAACUUCUUUUUGAAACUAAAACAGAUAAAGCAAAAGGAGAGAAAGAGUAAUACUGACACGUUAUACGAAGUUGUGUGCUUGGAAAGUGAAUCAGAAAGAGAGAGGAGGAAAACUACAGCCAGCCCCUCGAUCCGCCUGCCACAGUCCGGGUCUCAGAGCUCAAUGAUACCAUCUCCUCCGGAAGAUGACGAAGAGGAAGAUAAUGACGAACCCCUCUUGAGUGGAUCUGGUGAUGUAUCCAAAGAAUGUGCAGAAAAAAUUCUUGAAACAUGGGGAGAACUGCUAUCGAAAUGGCAUCUCAACUUGAGUGUGAGGCCAAAGCAGUUGUCAUCCUUGGUAAGAAGCGGUGUUCCCGAGGCUCUUCGGGGAGAAGUCUGGCAGCUGCUGGCAGGUUGUCACAACAACGACCACCUGGUAGAAAAAUACCGAAUUCUCAUCACAAAGGAGUCUCCCCAGGACAGUGCUAUCACCCGGGAUAUUAACCGGACAUUCCCAGCCCAUGACUACUUUAAGGACACAGGAGGAGAUGGACAAGAUUCCUUAUAUAAAAUAUGCAAGGCUUAUUCUGUGUAUGAUGAAGAGAUUGGUUAUUGCCAGGGCCAGUCAUUUCUCGCUGCUGUUCUUCUGCUCCAUAUGCCUGAAGAACAGGCAUUCAGUGUUCUGGUCAAGAUCAUGUUUGACUAUGGUCUCAGGGAACUUUUCAAGCAAAACUUUGAAGAUUUGCAUUGCAAAUUUUACCAGUUGGAGCGCCUCAUGCAGGAAUACAUUCCCGACCUGUACAACCACUUCCUGGAUAUAAGCCUUGAAGCUCACAUGUACGCUUCCCAGUGGUUUCUCACCCUUUUUACUGCAAAAUUCCCUCUCUACAUGGUCUUCCACAUCAUCGACCUGCUUUUAUGUGAGGGAAUAAGUGUUAUUUUUAACGUCGCCCUUGGAUUAUUAAAGACUUCGAAGGAUGACUUGCUAUUGACGGACUUCGAAGGUGCCUUGAAAUUCUUCAGGGUUCAGCUUCCUAAGAGAUAUCGCUCAGAAGAAAAUGCAAAGAAGCUAAUGGAACUCGCUUGCAACAUGAAGAUCAGUCAGAAGAAGCUGAAGAAGUACGAGAAAGAGUAUCACACCAUGAGGGAGCAGCAGGCCCAGCAGGAGGACCCUAUCGAGCGGUUCGAGCGGGAGAACAGGCGUCUGCAAGAAGCGAACAUGAGGUUGGAACAGGAAAACGAUGACCUGGCCCAUGAGCUGGUGACCAGCAAGAUCGCGCUGCGGAAGGACCUGGAUAACGCUGAGGAAAAGGCAGAUGCACUGAACAAGGAGCUGCUUAUGACCAAACAGAAGCUGAUUGAUGCAGAAGAAGAGAAAAGACGGCUGGAGGAAGAGUCUGCUCAGUUAAAGGAAAUGUGUCGGCGGGAGCUUGACAAGGCAGAGUCUGAGAUUAAAAAAAACAGUUCCAUCAUCGGUGACUACAAGCAGAUUUGUUCUCAGUUGAGUGAAAGACUGGAGAAGCAGCAGACUACUAAUAAGCUGGAAAUUGAGAAAAUUCGGCAAAAAGUGGAUGACUGUGAGCGCUGCCGAGAGUUUUUCAACAAAGAAGGGCGCGUGAAGGGCAGCAGCUCAGCUAAGGAAGCUGUAGAUGAGGACACAGACGAGGAGAAGGAGACGCUCAAGAACCAGCUGAGAGAGAUGGAACUGGAGCUGGCGCAGACCAAGCUGCAGCUGGUGGAGGCCGAGUGUAAGAUACAGGACUUGGAGCACCAUUUGGGCCUUGCUCUGAAUGAGGUGCAGGCAGCCAAGAAGACGUGGUUUAACCGAACACUGAGCUCCAUAAAGACAGCAACUGGGGUUCAAGGGAAAGAGACAUGCUAAGAGCAGCUGCAGCCUGCAGACACCGCCAGAAAACACGACACCUUUGGUUGCCUUCUUUGGCCAGAUGUGUGAUUCUGUGGCAUGUCCCAGGACCAGACUGAACCUAAGUCCGAUUCAUAGAAACAUAUUGGUAGGUCAUUGGACCAGAGCUCACGGAGCAGGCGGCCUCAGGGUGAGGCUCUCCUAACUGCUGACACUAACAGGCCUGUGCCGGUCGCACCAGGAAACCGCUUCCAGGGUGACCUCCAGGCCUCACCCAGCCCCCAGGCUGGACUGACACUAUCCAAGUUGGGGGUGGGGAUCCUUUCAGGCUGUUGGUUUUUUCCUAAACCUUUAAUUUUUUUAAUAGACGUCUUAUAUAUAUAUAUAUACAUACAUAUAUAUAUAUACACAUAUAUAUAUAUAUAUUGUGGUGGGUGGGUUAGGGCAGAGGAUCAGUAACUCAAGUAAUUCUUCCCUGCGUCAGUGCCAGCCAAGGGUCCUCCGGGCAGAUGUGGAGAAGCACUUUUUUUAAAUAGGAGGGUUUCACGGUUGCAGUUGAAACCACCUCGUCUCGUUCAGCUAUACGACACACAGGUUUUUGGUUUUGGCAUUAUUCACGUUUCUGAUCAAUUCUAUGCAAUUCUCAUGGUUCCUGUUGUUUUUUAGUGUUAGCGGCCAAAAUGACUUCACAGGACUGGGCUGGGUGACUGACUGUGAGACUGGAUUAAUCGUAACGUGGACAAAUCCUCCUUUCUUCGAUGUGUCAUGUGUGUAUGUGUGUAUAUAUGUAUAUAGCACCUUUUCCCGACGCCCCAGAUAACAGUGUUUAAACCCCAGACGAGGACUGGUCUGCACAGCUUACUUCUGUGGUUGUUUGGGCACUUGAUCUCACUCAAGGUUUGCUGGGCUCUGCUCUCCUCCCUGCCACUGGAAGCGCUGCGCAGAGCUCCCUCACUUCCAGACUCCAGGCAUUUUGCACAACAGCUCGUGUGAGCGAGACGGACCCUGAGCUGUGUGUGCGUGUACAUGUGUGGGAUGCACACGUCAGCAUCACCCUGCUGGCCCGUGUCCCUGCCUGCCAGGCCCUCCCUGCAGUGCGGCCAGCUGCAAACCUCGCUGUUCACAUGGGCUGCAAGUUCUCACUUCUAAACUAUGGAAUGCAGGUUUUAGCACCUUUUUUUAAAAAAAGAUUUUUAAUUUAUAUAGUGAUGUGCUGACAGGCUGUCUUGCAGAUGGUUCGUUGUCGUCUUCGUGUGGUGUGGAGGUAGCUGGUUACAGGAGGCGCUGGUUUCUAUGUAGACACUUGGGUUGCGUUGUAUCUUUCCCUGUUGGCUGUACUGACACUUGCUGAAGUCAUCUGUGAUGACAAGGAGGUAACAAGUGGCAACCCCUACUCCGUUCACCGUCCCGCCCCCGUCCCACUUUCUGUGUCUUUCUUGUUUAGUUACCAAAACAGCUAUAAGCCCCUCUAAAACUAGGUGCGUGGACAUUGUGUUAGGGUAGUUACAGUGUGUUAACUUUAUGAAUUGAAAUAUAAACCAGUAAAAUUGUAUUACUAUU